AUGCUCCAGGAGGCCCAGCACGUCCAACAGGAGGUCCAACAGAUCCAGGAAGACCAUGGCCAGCUCCUGGACCAGAACUACCAUGCCUUGAACAACACAUUGUCGGACGACACCCGUGAACAGGGACGCAAACGGCAUCGCAGCAGACAUCAAAGCCAGAAGAGAGGCCUUCUUAGAGAGACUACACAGGAUAAACAGGGUUCAGCGAGGUAGCAGUGACCACGUGGUAAGCUUCGCCCGGACACAGUAUACCAACCUGAGCACAGCCUUCAGGGAGGUGAUGUUCAGCUACAGCCAGAUGGAGCUGGGGCACAGGGAGAACUGUAAGAGACAGAUGAAUAUUGAAUAUCUUCAAUGCCCUGGCUGAUGGGAAAACGGCCCAGACGGCGCUGACGCAGAUCGCUAAUAGACACAAAGAGCUGCUGGACCUGGAAAAGAGGAUCCAGGGAGUUCAGGAGUUGUUUCUGAAUGUGGCUGUGCUGAAAGAGGAACAGGGAGCGGUGCUCAACAACACCAAGACCAACGUACAAAAGACAGAGGCAACUAUGGAGGGCGCCAGGGUUCAACUGGACAAAGCCAAGAGACAUGACAAGAACAAUCCCAUCAAGAAACUGUUCUGUGGCUGCUUUCCAUGUUACAAAUGAUUGUAUAUCUGAUACAUUGUGUAUGUGAUACAUUGAGUAUCUUGAUUUGAACGUAAAUAAUACAUUUAUUUAAGAAAGCACACUUAAAAACAGCUUUGCACUGUCUGCAAUGGGACUGGGAGGUACUGUAGGUCUUCAAAUAAGGCCAGGUACGCAUAAACAACAUACAGAACCAUUCCAAAGCAUCAAAAAUCAGCUCAUGAUCUGUCUCAAGAUAUCUACCCAUAGUACAAGCAGUUAUUGGAAACAAACAUAAUAAUUCUGAGACUGGAAGUGGCUCUGGAAAUCACACUGUGGUGCGUAGAAAUAGUAAGCAUGCCUUCAUUGAAAAUGUGCAAGCACUACCUAUAGCGCACAGUUUGUUCCACCAAGCUCAUUGAAAUAUAUAAGAGAGGUAUAAAGUACAAAAACAAUAAUUAAAUCGCUGUUUCCGGUGACAUAAAACAACCACGAGGUGAAGUGACAAACGUCAAUAAUGUUUCGAAAGUUUUCUAUAUUAAAACGUCAUCAUGUCCUUCCGCUUGUUGCCAUGAAUGAGCAUCGGUGGGGAACUCCCUCCAAGGGGUGCAUUCACUAGGAAUCAAACGUAACCAAACGGGCCGGAAAGGGGCGGGAGCUACCUGAAUUUGUUCAAUAAGAAACGGUUUGCUACGGUUUGCUACAGUUUGCACUAAUGAAUAUACCCCAUAAAUUAGGUAGCGGGCUGGUUCCUGGCAGACAGAGCUAGAAGACUACACGGAGCAUAAAGGGGAAAUGAUUCUCCGAGCGUUUGUCUGUUCUGUUUGAAUGAUUUUGUUCUUAUUGGGCAGUCUACGGAGCAGAUAUCAGGUAAUGUUUUUUUCUAUUUAAGUUUAACGUUGAUUCAGGCCUGUUGUAAUGUUAUCAUAGAAGUACGCACGUUUGUGAUGAGAUGCGUUUUGCUCAGCGAGUUGAGUUUGGGUUGUUGUGAGCGAGUGAUAUUGUGGGCUGAUUUAUUUAAUUUCAAUGUUAAUUAUUCCUUACAUGUAAUGUCUCUCUGUUACAAUAAAUAAUGUCGCCAAUAUUGGUGUGUAAGCUACCUCCCCAUGUGCUUUGGCCAGACACUUUUGCCAUGUUGUUCUGUUUGGGCACAGACAUAAACUUUACAUUUACAGAAACUACAUACAGUAAUUUUACAUUCUCUGUUGUACUGUAACAGUAAAACACAUGUAGCAACAUGAAAGAGGUUAUAGAGAGCUGAUUAGUCAUAACCUACGCCUAUAAUUAAAUGCCUGUAAAGGGUUAAAGGGAGGUAAAGAAACACCACACAUUUGAUCAUCCAUGUCUUUCAGUGAUCAAAUUGUUGUGAAUAGAUAUCCUGUGAGUCAUUGGCCUGGAAUCUAAUAAUAACUAACUGAUGUGUGUAAUAGGAAUCGUCAUCACCGCCCAGUGUAUGUUGGCAGUGUUCUAUUGGUUUUAGGGAUGAGAUCCUUACUGUCUGCUCGGAGGAAAUGGGUGUCAUUUCAUUUCCUCUUAUAGAAUGGUGUUAAUAGCCUCAAUAGAAAUGGUCCAUGUUUUCUCUGUUUGAAUCAGAAAUAUACUGCACUUACAGUUUAUGUAGCUAGCUUUUUGAGGCAACAAAAUAUCAACUUUUGCUGAAGUUUCUUGUAUGACCAUAAAGAAUUAACUGGACUGCUCGGGUAGGAUUUUGCAUUACGACAGGGUUCUUCAAUUCCGGUCCUGAAGGGCCGAAACACUUCUGUUUUUUAUUUCUACCUGGUAGUUAAUUGCACUCACCUGGUGUCCCAGGUCUGAAUUAGCCCCUGAUUAGAAGGAAAGGAUGAAAAACAGGUGUUUCGGCCCUCCAGGACCGGAAUUGAAGAACCCUGCACUACAAUAUAAAUAGGAUGGUGAUCAGGAGAUGACCUCAUGAACAUACAGUAACCCUCAAACCUUUUCCUCCCAUUCCAGGUAGGAUGAGAGACAGACUACUUGACCUGCAGGGGGUGGCCCCCGCUCCUCCAGACACGGACGAAAGGGGUCAGGGCAGCGAUGAUGAGGGAGAGCUGGAGCAGCAGUCGGUGGUGUUCGAAAACGAAGAUCGGAUGGACAGCAUCUUCAGAGAAGCCCAGUCCGUGAGGAAGGAGAUCGCUCUGCUCCGGAUGGACGUGAAGCGACUGGGCAAGCAGAACACCCGAUUCCUCACCUCUGUCCGGCGGAUCAGCUCCAUCAAACGAGACUCCAACACCCUGGCCAGGGGCAUCAAGACCCGGGGGGAGGGCAUCUACACACGGCUGGAGAAAAUCGGCGUGCAGCACAAACAGCUGGAAGAAGAGCAUGGGGCCAAUUCUGCCCUGGUCCGCUUGGUGCGUUCUCAGUAUGUUUCUCUCACCGGGGCUUUCCACGAGGCCAUGUCUGAGUACAACCAAGCAGAGAUGAGCCAGAGGGAGAACUGCAAGACCCGGAUCCAGCGCCAGGCAGAGAUCAUGGGCAAGGAGGUGACAGGCGAGCAGAUCGAGGAGAUGGUCGAGACAGGGAAGUGGAACGUGUUCUCCGACAACCUCCUGACAGACGGGCGGACGGCACGCUCGGCGCUCACGGAGAUCGAAAAGCGGCACAAGGAGCUGGUGGAGCUGGAGAGUCGGAUCAAGGACAUCCAUGAGCUGUUCUUUCAGAUGGCUCUGCUGGUGGAGGAACAGGGGGCCAUGGUGGACAACAUAGAGGCCAACGUGGUCGCCACUACAGACUUUGUGGGCAAGGCCCAGGCUCAGAUCAAGAGGGCUGUGAAGUACCAGAAGAAGAACCUC